UGGAAGCCCAAUUCUGUAGCUGGACCAAAAUGCUUCAGUGCAUCUUUCUCCUCUCAGACACAGGGGAGGUAAUGCUUGAGAAACAGUGGACUGGACAUCAAGUGGACAGAUCCAUAUGCGCUUGGUUUUGGGAACACGCAUUGUCCUAUGGAGAACCUUAUAAGGUGCCUUCGGUGGUUGCCUCCCCAACACAUUAUCUUUUUCAAGUUGUUCGUGAAGGCAUCACAUUUUUAGCCUGUGCACAGGUUGAGAUGCCUCCAUUGAUGGCAUUAGAGUUUCUUAGCAAAGUGGCAGAUGUCCUUUCAGAUUACCUUGGAGGUUUGAAUGAAGACCUAAUCAAGGAUAACUUCGUCAUUGUAUAUGAGCUUUUAGAUGAAAUGAUGGACAAUGGUUUCCCUUUAACCACAGAACCCAACAUUCUGAAGGAAAUGAUAGCCCCACCAAAUCUUGUCAGCAAAGUGUUGAGUGUUGUGACUGGUAGCAGUUCAAAUGUGAGCAACACCCUUCCAGGUGCGACAGCAUCUUGUGUGCCAUGGAGAACAAGUGACUUGAAGCAUGCAAACAAUGAAGUUUAUGUCGAUCUUGUUGAGGAAAUGGAUGCAGUUGUGAGCAGCGAUGGCGCUUUGGUGAAAUGCGAAAUAUAUGGUGAAGUUCAAGUGAAUUGCCAUCUCUCCGGGCUUCCAGAUUUGGCUCUCUCAUUUGCAAACCCUUCAAUUCUGAAUGAUGUGCGGUUCCAUCCUUGUGUACGUUUUCGGCCAUGGGAGUCCCAUCAGAUUUUGUCCUUUGUACCACCUGAUGGGCAGUUUAAGCUCAUGAGUUAUAGGGUUAAGAAGUUGAAGAACACACCUAUUUAUGUGAAGCCUCAGUUAAGCUCAAAUGCUGGAACAUGUCGUUUGAAUGUUCUUGUUGGAAUACGCAAUGAUCCUGGGAAGACCAUAGAUUCUAUAACCAUACAGUUUCAAUUGCCUUAUUUUGUUGUAUCACAAGACUUGAGUUCUAAUCAUGGAACAGUACACAUACUCGCUAACAAGGUGUGCUCAUGGUCUAUAGGGAGGAUUCCUAAAGAGAAAGCCCCGUGUCUUUCAGGGACCCUACAGUUGGAGUCUGGAUUGGAUAAGAUGCAUGUUUUCCCCACUUUACUAGUAGGUUUCAAGAUUAUGGGUGUUGCUCUCUCUGGCCUCCAAAUUGAUAAACUCGAACUCUUAAAUGUGCCAUACCGCCCAUACAAAGGGUUCCGAGCAUUGACGCGUGCUGGUGGAUAUGAAGUAAGGACCUAAUGAUGUGAUUGUCCCUUUAUUCCUAAGUGAGUGGAUGCUGUUUUUAACAGUAGUGGAGGAGUUUUGCAGAUGAUAAAGUUGUGUUUGUUAAAUUUCAUUUCUUGAAAUAUUCACCCUUGCAUGUGAGAGUGAAGAUUAUUUUUGUCUGAUCUGGUGGAUAUAACAAGCUUAUAAAGGAUACUAGUGGUGUAAGCUUUACUAGAACACUAGUACAAAGUACCAUGGAAGUCAUGACAAGGAUUGUCUAAGUUUGUGCUUAUGCUGAGUAAAUGCAAAUGUAUAUAGUUUUUUCUAUUA